AUGACACCCAAGCAGCCCGGUAUCUGCCUAUCGAUUGACACAUCCUGUGACGGCUCCCUGGCGGAUGCCGAUACGAUACGAUACCAUGGACCGAUAGAGAAGAGAGGGGGUGCGCGAGAGCACAUCACGACCAAGGCCGACCAAGGCGGGCAAAUAGGAUCGGGGCCGUGA